GAAGGCGUUGUGUGCAUCGUGACCGUACCUUCUGCAGAACUAGAGGCGAAGAUGGCGGCCGACUCUGCAGGGGCAGACGAAGACGUUGAAGGGCGAUCAUGCAGGCGAAUGGAGGAGGUUUUAAAAAAUCUACUCAACAAACCUGAGAUUCAAGGUUCAGCUUGGCAUACUUGUCACAGAGAGAACUAUAAACAGGUAUCUUUUUCCGUUGUGCAUGGGAAAAAAUGGGAAAAAAUUUUGAAACAGUUAAGUCGGUCAGGCAUUGGAUCGAAGUACAGCUCAACAAUGAGUGUUAUACCUUGUUCAGUAUUCUGUGAUACAGUGGAACAUCUAUAUAGUCAGAAACAACAGUUUGGUUCAGAGGACAUCAAGUUGACUAUUCCAGCAUGGGGAAGCUCCCUUACAUCACUACAACCAGGAUCAUCUGUUAUUGGUGCUAUAGAAGGGGCUACAGCUCAAGCAGAGUUCUCAUUUGACUUCCUGAUAUUGUUGCUAAUUGCUGGGUUUGUUGCAGCUCUUGGUCUCAUGGAAAACAGUAUUAUAAUACUCAUUGCAAGUAUGCUUAUAUCACCUCUCAUGGGACCUGUGUUAUCAUGUGCUGUUGGAGCAAUGACAAGAGACAUACAACUGGUGAAAAUGGGUAUACUAAAUGAAAUUUUUGGUCUCCUGUUUUGUAUAAUAGAAGGCUUCUUUUGUGGUCUCAUUAUUGGUCUAUCAACGGAACACUUUGGUACAGGUGAAUGGCCCACAGAAGAAAUGAUUUCUAGAGGAGAAUUGCCUUCAGUCUGGAUGGGAAUGAUAAUUGCAGUCCUAUCUGGCAUUGCAGUAGCCAUUUCAGAACUAGGACAGAAGACAUCCUCUCUUGUCGGUGUUGCCAUAUCUGCAUCUCUUCUACCACCUGCAGUGAAUACAGGACUUCUGUGGGCUUUGACAUGUACUUAUUCCAUUUACGGCAAAUCACCUGUACUGAAGAAACCACUUAAAUACUCAGAUGAUGCUGUCACUGAGCUUGCAGUUCUAGGAUCAGUAAGCUUAUGUCUGACACUGAUUAACAUUAUUUUCAUUUUCAUAUCUGCAGCCAUUGUACUCAAGUUAAAAAUAAGACUCUGUCUGAAGCCAGCUGAUGAUAAAUACAUAAACAGGAAUCUCAGUUUAGCCUAUAACAUUAAAAAAAAUGUGUCCUCAUUAGAGAGUCUACACAGCUCUGAAAAACGGUUUCCCAGCAAUGUAUCUCUAACAAAAACUCUACCUGAAGAAUUGAAAUCUGCAUCAAAUCAAAAUGGGCUUCUUGGUAUUAAAAGUAAGGGAAAAUGUCUACAUUUUACAGGUAUUGCCAAACUUUUAACUUCACCAACUGAAAAAUGUACUCCAAAAAUACAAAAAUCAUUUGAAAAUUUGACCAAUUCAGAACAUCAUACUCCCUUCAAUGAUCAACAUUGUAUAUCUGUUUCAGAGAAAGAGCCUAAACCUAGAAAUGAAAAUCAUCUGACUGAUGCGGAUGAAGACAUGGCAGCAUCAUCUCCUGAUAUUGAGACUCGACCUCAUAGUGUGACAUCCAGCGUCAGCUGACAUCAAAUGACAAAUCAGUUGCCAAGUACAUAAGUGAUUCUGUAACUUAAUGUAUGAUAUUAUCCUUUCAUGGUUACUUUCACAGUGUUGUAUGAUUGUUACUUGAAAACAACUGGAAACAAGUUUUGGUCUCUGAUUAAAAAAAUGAAGGAUUAGAUUAGAUUAGUUUUUUUUCCCCAUAGAUCCUUGUUGAGGAGAUCCUCGUAGAUGUGGAACAUGCCAUCUUUUUUUUUUUUUUUUAAAAAAAAAAGCUGAAAUAACUAUGCUAAUAGUAAUAUAUACAACACAUCAUUUGUUUCUAUAAAAAAAUUCGUCAAUGGAAUAGAAGGAGUUGGCCACUAGUAAGUCUUUCAGGCUCCUUUUAAACUGAUCUUUAUUUCUAACUAAAUUUUUUAUGUUUGCUGGCAAAUUAUUGAAGAUGAGUGUUCCUAAGUAGUGGAUCCCCUUUUGAACUAAAGUAAGUGCUUUUAAGUCCUUCUGCAGAUCAUUUUUGUUGCUGGUAUUGUAUGUAUGAACUGAACUGUUUGUUGGAAAAAGAGAUAUAUUAUUUAGGACAAAUUUCAUUAAGGAGUAAAUAUACAUAUUGAAAUGACCAGUGAUAUCAUAUCACAGUAACUAAGUUGAUGUGCCAAAUAUAAAAGUAAAUUUGUUAUGAUGAUUUAUUUUGCUUUAAUCUUUUAGUGCUCAGCCAGACUAGAUAUGCGUGAGCUGUAACUAAGGCAGAAUUGAUACAUUAUCUUAUACAAAGCAAUGUUUAUGUCUGACAUUUUCCCUACAGCUGGAGAAGGCAUCUCUAAAAUAACUGUAUACACCAGCAUAAUUGUAAAUAGUGAAAAAUAAACAAAAAUACUGACAA